UGCUUGGUCCCACACAUUUGUUUACAGGCACACCUGCCAAAGUGUGAUAAAGGGAUGUGUUAAUGGUUAACUAGAGCUGUUGAGUUCAGGGGAGAGAGAAGCAGCAGCAGCCAUUUUAGCCACACAGGACACACACACAUUUUGAUGAUUCCCCCCUCAGGCAUGGAGCACAGGCUAACAAACAGCUAACUAUCAGCUUCUGUUGGCUGGAUGUUGAAGUACCGGCACCAUGGUGACGAUGAAUCACUUGAGUGUUGAGGACCCAGACGAUGACUCUCCUCUGCUGCCUGAAGCUGCAGAGGCGGUCUCACCUUCACCUGUCUAUCUGAGACAGCGCAGGGUCACAAAGGCCGAGUCCACUGAGUUUUUCCUCAGCAGGUGUGUGAACCUUGCCUUCAGUCUGGUGCUGCUGAUCGGAUGCUACUCUGCUGUUCUGAUUCCUGCAUACUUCCCCUUUGAUAAGGCUGAAAAUAUCAGCGAUGACUACCACCAUCCUAAAGACCUGGUGCUUCUAAACCGGUCAGCGUCCCUGCUCUCAGGCCCCUGUCAGCCUCACUGGUGUCUGAAUCACCUGAAGCCCCUCUCCUCUUCUGCUGGCCUUGUGGACAUCCCUGUGUUUGUGCAGCAGGACCAGCCGGUGCCAUGGGACCUGUCCCCUCCUCUGGGGUUGCAGGGCAGUGAGGAGAAUCUGGCCCUGGCUCUGGCCUCUCUGCCCCAAACUGGCCUGCCUCCAUCGCUGAAGAGAGAAGGCAGCUGUAGGCGGUGUGUGGUGGUGGGAAGUGGAGGGGUUCUUCAUGGGAGCCACCUUGGAUCUCAUAUAGAUCAGUAUGACAUCAUCAUAAGGCUGAAUAAUGCUCCAGUGCCUGGCUUUGAAAGAGAUGCUGGUACCCAGACCACCAUCCGCAUGUUGUACCCAGAGGGAGCUCCUCACUCAGCGGUCGAAUACAAAAACACCACAGUGGUCGCUUUGGUGGUCUUCAAGAGCCUAGACCUGGCCUGGCUCACGUCUGUCAUCACCAAGCAACCUCUGAGCUUCUGGUCCAAACUGUGGUUCUGGAGGGAGGUGGUGGAUGAUAUUCCCCUGAGAGCGGAGGACUUCAGGAUCCUCCACCCGGAGAUCAUGCACAAGACAGAGCAAGUCCUACAGAAAUAUGCUUCCAAACAGGGAAAAAUGGUGCCGACUUUAGGUGCCAGUGCAGUAGUGAUGGCUCUGCAGCUGUGCGACCAGGUGAGCCUAGCAGGCUUUGGGUAUGACAUGCAGCACCCAGAGGCCAGGCUCCACUACUACGAGGCCAUCCGCAUGGACGCCAUGAAAGUUCAAGUGGUGCAUGACGUCAGUGCCGAGAAACUCUUCUUGAGGGACCUGGUGGCUGCAGGAGCGGUGACGGACCUGACAGGAGCUCUGUGAGUCAGCAGCUCAGAGACUGACAGAACAAACACACACACUCCUCCUUCUCACUGAGUCUGAUACAGCCCUCCAUAACUGUACUGUGGAUUACUGUGCACUGCUGGAAGAAUCCUACACAGCAUGCACUGACCUUUAAUAUGCUCAGCCUCCAGGGUUGUCUCUGAAGGUUAGACAGACUUAAGAUAGCAGAAACAGAGGAAAUCUCAAAUAAAUUAUAUGUAUAUAUUUCACUACCAGAUGUGAAUAGUGUCACACAUGUCUUACUAAUAAAAAUUGUGCAAGAAAAUACACAUGCUCUGGGAUUCACUGUUUUUGUAAAGAGAUUGUAGUACUGGUUGAAAUUCUGUUUACAAUAACCCAAUA